CUCGUGCACUGACAGGAGUUCCGUACCAUUGUGAGGAGGAGACGCUUCAGAUGGAGCACUGACUAUCAGAACACACACACACAUAAACACACUGGAUCUGAUCUAUCUCUCACACACAAAGCAACUUCUACCAGCUGGAAUAAUCACUGUCCGGCUGAAUCGCAGAUACCCGAAGACUGAAAACAUGGAAUCGGCAAAGCAAGGAGGUGUGAUAGCCUAUGUCUGCUCCUCAAGCUCCGCCUCCAGCCUUGAGUCCUGCAUGAGUGACAGCUCUGCCAGCCGAUCGCCAUCAUCCUCUCCUCCUCUGCCCACUAAAGUGAGCCGUGCCACAGAUCUGUCCAUCAGUGCAGGAAUGCUGAAACACACACGUGGACACACAUCUGAUAAAAGCCUCGCUAACAAGAGCUCCAUCACCAAGCUGAAUGGGAUGGUGCUGCUGUGUAAAGUGUGUGGAGACGUCGCCUCUGGCUUCCACUAUGGUGUUCAUGCCUGCGAAGGCUGCAAGGGCUUCUUCAGAAGAAGUAUCCAGCAGAAUAUCCAGUAUAAGAAAUGCCUGAAGACUGAAAGCUGCACUAUCGUGAGGAUAAACCGCAACCGAUGCCAACAGUGCCGCUUCAAGAAGUGUUUAUCCGUCGGAAUGUCAAGAGACGCCGUGCGUUUCGGACGCAUCCCGAAGCGUGAGAAGCAGCGGAUGCUCCUGGAGAUGCAGACGGCGAUGAACAACAUGAUGAACAACAGUCAGCUCCAGCACAUGCUGCACGUUUCUCAGAGUGACUCGUCCAGCUCUUCUUCUGCAUCUCCGCCGGAUUCCCCGCGCUCCUCAUCGGAGUCGCUUGUCCCGAUGGACACGGCCUCGUCCUGCUCAUCCGACAGCGGAGAAGAGGACGGACGCUUCUCCUACAGCGCAUCUGUUUCUCCGGCCGCAUCCGAAACACUCAGCAGGGAAGAAGAGGAGCCGCAGACGCAGUGCUGGAGACGCUCAGACUGUCAAAACACCACAGGACCUUAUAGAGAACAGGCGGCGCAGCAGUGCAUUCGCUCACCGACUGAAAAUAUGACGUACUGCAGGAGGAACAUGAAUGAAGGAGGAAACCGAGGACAUCUAGUUUGUCCCAUGAGUGCCUCCCCGUUCGUGGACGCCUCCAGACCCGGUCAUGAAGUCUGGGAAGAGUUUUCCAGGAGUUUCAUCCCUGCCGUUCGAGAGGUUGUGGAGUUUGCCAAGCGAAUCCCAGGCUUCCAGGAGCUUUCCCAACACGACCAGGUCAACCUGCUGAAGGCCGGCACAUUUGAGGUGCUGAUGGUGCGUUUCGUGCCUCUCUUCGACGUGCAGCAGCGGACGGUGAGUUUCGUGAGUGGCAGGAGGUACAGUGUGGAUCUGCUGCGCUCCAUGGGGGCCGGAGAGCUGCUCAACUGCAUGUUCGAGUUCAGCGAGAAACUCACGGCUCUGCAGCUCAAUGACGAGGAAAUGAGCCUCUUCUCUGCUGUGGUACUCGUGUCUGCAGACCGUUCAGCCAUUGAGGACGUCGCCGGUGUGGAGGCCCUUCAGGAAAGCCUAAUCCGAGCCCUGAGGAACCUAAUCAUGAAAAACCACUCAAGCGAAUCAUCCGUGUUCACCAAACUGCUCCUAAAACUGCCUGAGCUGCGAUCGCUCAACAACAUGCACUCCGAGGAGCUGCUCGCCUUCAAAAUACAACCCUAAACAACCCACCUGUGCUCUCCAUCUUACUCUUGAAUGUAUUUAACAGGCUUUUAUACUGAAUAACGAAGCAUUCGUACGCUUUCAGAAGCUCUAUUAAUAGAUAUUGUGAUUUUUGCUAAUGACGCACAAGCGAAAGCGAAAAAUGUUUGUCUAUAAAAACACACGAAAGACUCUUCCUCUUUUCUUUAUGUGCAAUAGCUGCUAACGCAUGGCUAGUCGUAUAAGAGCAGCUUUACAUCGUGUUUGUCCAGAAGAGUUUGUAUUGAUUAAGGCCAGACGCUGCAAGCUUUUUAAAUUUUUUUAUAAACGCCUAUAAAACACACUUAAAAAAUAUACACUUUCUCUUUUUUUGCACUUUCUGUAGAUUUCAGUCACAAUACAUAUUUUAAAGGCUGUUUUUCUCCUCAACUGAGCCAGAAAUUUCAUUUUUAGCACUGUUUACGUACAUCAAACAUCACAGUUUUGCCCUAACUACUUUAUCUGUGCAUUUAAAUAGCAGUAGAUUUUAGGUUGCCCAAAAUCUGCCAGAACUACUUUCUUUAUCUGUGCAUUUAAAUAUGAUUAUGUUUUAGAAUGCUCCAAAUUGGCCGGAACUACUUUGCCUGUGCAUUUGAAUAGCAGUCCAUUUUAGAAUACUCAAUAUUGGCCGGAACUACUUUAUCUGUGCAUUAAAAUAGCAGUCAAUUUUAGAAUGCUCAAAAUCUGCCGGAUCUACUUUAUCUGUGCAUUUAAAUAGCAGUCGAUUUUACAAUGCUCAAAAUUGGCCGGAACUACUUUAUCUGUGCAUUUAGACAGCUGUAGAUUUUAGAAUGCUCAAAAAUUAGCUUGAACUACUUUAUCUGUGCAUUUAAAUUACAGCGCAUUUUAAAAUGCUCAAAAUUGGCCGGAACUACUUUAUCUGUGCGUUUAAAUCACAGUACAUUUUAGAAUGUACAAAAUAUGCCAGAACAACUUUAUCUGUCCAUUAAAGUAACAGCACAUUUUAGAAUGGCCAAAAUCUGCCGGAACUACUUUAUCUGUGCAUUUAAAUUACAGCAUAUUUUAAAAUGCUGAAAAAUGCUGGAACAACUUUGUGCAUUUAAAUAGCAAUACAUUUUAGAAUGUUCAAAAUCUGACGGAACUACUUUAUCUGUGCAUUUAAAUAGCAGCACAUUUUAAAAUGUUCAAAAUUGUCCGGAACUACUUUAUCUGUGCAUUUAAAUAGCAGCACAUUUAAGAAUGCUCCAAAUCGGCUGGAACUACUUUAUCUGUGCAUUCAAAACAGCAGUCGAUUUUAGAAUGCUCAAAAUAUGCUGGAACCAUUUUAACUGUGCAUCAAAGUAACAGCACAUUUUAGAAUUCUCAAAAUUUCCCGGAACUACUUUGUCUGUGCAUUUAAAUAGCAGCACAUUUUAGAAUGCCCAUCAGCCAAUCAGAACCAAGCAUUCAACAGCCCUGUAUUAUUAUCAUAUCUCUUUAUUUUUAACCCUUUUUCCGCCUGCAGUGUCUAGCCUUAAUAGACUGAUUAUGUGUUGCUGUGUAUAUAAAUAUCUGAUGUCAGUUUUCUGAAUGUAUGUCAGCAUGUCGGCAUUGUUUUCUCCUGUAUAACAGGGCUUUUGCACGAGGUGUCGAGGAACAGGUGCGUUCGGCACCAUAAAAACGGAGCACAGACGGAAAACAUCCGCCUGCCCAAUUUAUAAUUUAUAAGCGGAGUCACUUUAAAAGCCGUUUUUUAUAUAUCGACCACGUAUUAGGAGGUGUUAUAAGUCUUCCAUUAUGCAAACGUGUAUAGUGGACCUGAACAAACGUACUGAAAGAAAUGGAGUUUAUUUAUGGCUGUUUGUACAGAUUGCCUUAUUAUUGUUAUCAUUUUUCUUCUGAUGUUUCUCUGGAAUAAGGGUGGAGCAGGGAAUCCAUGUUAAAGUCCCAGUUAUUUUGGGAUGCACUUCUUGCGGUUUACUCUAUGCAUAUGGAAACAGUGUGACAUUAUGGACAUUUCUCAGCCUGUAAUCCAAAAGGAUAAAGAUAUACUGCUCCCCUAUUCAGUUUUGGUGUGUCCAUGUGUAUUUUCGGUUGUUUGUUUCCUUAUAAAUAACAGUGCAGUAUGUAUAGUUGUGUAUAUCUAUUUGAAAUAUAUCAUUAUGAAAAGAAAAUCAAUAAAUAUUUACUUGUCA